AUGGCCCCUGUCUGUGACACCGCACUCGCGGACCCGCUCAUGCUCGACAAAAUCGAUAAACUUUUCGCCUGUGGUGUCGGCGAACUCGUUGACCUCCCUCAAAUCGUCGUCGUCGGCGACCAAUCAUCUGGAAAGUCCAGUGUGCUUGAAGGUCUCAUCCGCAAACCACUGCCGCGCGACAGUGGACUGUGCACCCGCUUCGCGACGCAGAUUGUCUUCCGACGCGCGAAGAUUGAGGGUGUUGAGGUGUCUAUCAUCCCAGACAAGGAUGCGGAUGCGCAACAUGCCGCACGAGUAAGGAAGUGGGGCAAGAAGGCGAACGCGAUCGAGUAA